AUGUCGCAGCUCGAGACUGUGGCAUCCUUCAUCGAGGGGGCCCCUCCAGGCGAGCUUGCCGAUGUCGUUGCCGACAUCAAGACCCUUACUGCCUCGUCCCCGAACCUUCUCUCGCAGCUCGGACCGGCGUUUCAAAAGUACAACGAGGAGCAGCUGAUCACGGUGAAGCUGCCCGGAAGCAGCCAAUCUGUACUCGUCAGCGAACACAACAGGCUAGGCGACGGUCGAUACUACGAUGUCGAGAGCUCGUCUAGCUUCGAAUUCGACCACACCACACAGAAAGCUAGCGCUGUACAGAGUCAUACCAUCGAAGGCGCGCAGGCCGAUCUUACAAAAUCGACAUUGAAAAACCUGGCGACAUACAUUUCGGAACACUUUCCGAAUGCUGCCUAUGGCGUGUACCCGAUCGAGUUAGACUCCAAGGUUGCCAUAAUCAUUGUGGCCAACAAAUACAGCCCGAAUAACUUUUGGAACGGCCGUUGGAGAUCUGUCUACACGUUCGACCCUUCGUCUGGCUCGCUCGAAGGAACCAUCAAGGUGGACGUUCAUUACUACGAAGACGGCAACGUCCGCCUGCAGACCAAGAAGCCAGUAUCUCUUUCUGUUGCAUCGGGUACGGGCGCAGGCAUCGCAAAGGGCAUUUCAUCGACGGAAAAGAAGUAUCAAGAGGAGCUCAACAGGGGCUUUGUUAGCCUGAGCGAGGGUGCGUUCAAGGGCCUGCGCAGGCAGCUGCCAGUCACCCGGCAAAAGAUCGAGUGGGAUAAGGUCACCGGUUACAGACUCGGUCAGGAUAUCGGGGGCGGUUCUUCGAAGCGAUAG